GCCAAAGAAUCGCCCGUGACAGCAGUCGGUUUAGUCUUUUGUUUUCUUAACUAAUGACAUCUUUCACGUGGAGACAAGCGACUGUCCAAAUUUUAUCUUUCCCUUUUUCUUUUCUCUCUUUUUGCACUUUUGUUCCCAUAUACUGGAAAAAAUUUACAUAAUUAACAUGGCAAAAACCAAUGCCCCUACAGCUUUUAGCCACGGUAAAGUAUUGGAAAGUGGAAACCAGCACAAAAGUGAGAGAUGGAUCAAUGACAAUAAUCAAUAGAAGGGUACGCUAAGGGAUCCUCUGCAACCUGAUGAACCUCAACUCAAUUGGCUGUCUUGUAGUUACAGAUAGGAGAUUCCUCUCUUUGCCUUUUCUUCCCCACCUAAUUGUCGCAGCGAAAUCUCAGUUUACUUAAAAUUGAGUUAGUGCAACGUCAGCCACUUUUAUUAUCUCUAUACCAUGAUAAAGCUAAGUUCAACACAUCAUUGUAUCAACUCCACUUCUAGUAAGCAAGAACAGACUCUUUGUUUCUCUGCAAACCUCUGCAUUGCUCUCUGCAAUAAAGACCAACUUUUCCUUCAAUUUUGUGGCAAUUAUUAUCUAAUCUGCUGUUUAGUUGUGUUCCUUUCAUUAAAUCAGUGGCAUACUUUUGCUCCAUACCCAUUUCUUAUCUUUUUAUUACCAGCUCCUUCCUUGAUUCUAAAUCCUCAGCAUAGAUUUGGUAAACAAAACAAGUAUGACUGCAGUUGGUUACCAUCUCUCUCUCUGCUACCCUGAUCCUGAGUCCCUGACUCAAUAUGAAUAUGCAGCAUGAGAUGCAAAAUCAGCCAAAGAACUAGAAACCAUGGGUUUCAACAAGAGCAUUUUCUAUUGCUUCACCUUUCUUCUUCUUCUUCUUCUUCAACUUCUUCCUCUUCUAGUUCCUUCAAUAGCUCUCAACACUGAUGGGGCCCUUUUGCUUUCUUUCAAAUAUUCUAUCCUCAGUGACCCAUUCUCAGUCUUGCAAAGCUGGAACUAUGAUGAUGAAACGCCAUGUGCGUGGAAUGGAAUAACCUGCACUGAAAUUGGCAUUCCAGGAACACCAGACAUGUUAAGGGUUACCAGGUUGGUCCUCCCAAAUAGCCAUCUUCUUGGUUCAAUUUCAGCGGACCUUGGCCUAAUCCAGCACCUUCGCCACUUAGAUCUCACAAACAACCUUUUUAAUGGAACUUUGCCAAGCUCUAUCUUUAACUCCACUGAGCUUCAGGUGCUGUCUUUGUCCGGCAAUGUCAUCUCUGGUCAUUUGCCCGAGUCUAUUGGUAGCAUGGUUAGUAUUCAGCAUUUGAAUCUCUCUGAUAAUGCCUUGUCUGGGAAGGUACCCGAAAAUUUGACUGCUUUGCAAAACUUGACUGUUGUCUCUUUAAGGAGUAACUAUUUUACGGGUAAUGUACCUAGCAGAUUCAAUUCAGUUGAGGUACUGGAUCUGUCCUCAAAUCUGCUUAACGGAUAUCUCCCUUUAGAUUUUGGUGGUGGUAAUUUGCGUUAUUUGAACUUAUCUUACAACAAGAUUUCAGGGUCAAUAUCACCAGAGUUUACAAAGCAACUUCCUCAAAAUGCCACCAUUGAUCUCUCAUUCAAUAAUUUAACUGGGGCUAUUCCAGAGUCGCUAUCUUUGCUUAGACAAAAAACGGAGUCCUUUUCAGGUAAUGUUGAUCUAUGUGGGAAACCGUUGAAAAACCUUUGCUCAAUUCCUUCAACACUUUCAACUCCACCAAAUGUGUCCCAAUCCAUAUCACCAGCAAUUGCAGUGAUACCAAAGUCAAUAGACUCAACCCCAGGAGAACCAAAUAGUAACAUUCAAAACCAAGCACGAGGCAGUCUAAAGCCAGGCACAAUAGCAGCAAUAGCUGUUGCCGACUUAACUGGUAUAUCCAUUCUUGGCAUGAUCAUUCUUUAUGUCUACCAACUCAGGAAGCGAAAACAUCUCAAUCAAAGCACCACAACAAGCAACCUCGAGAAGAAACCAGACGUCCCUGUCUCAAAGGCGCAAGUGGAAUCUGGAGCAAUAAUGCCAUCAUCUUGUUCAUGUAUAAAGUUAAAACUCAUAGAGACGUCGGACACUACCAGUUCUGAUAGUGACCAGGACGAGAAAAGCCAAGUCAUCAAUGUGAACCCAACUGAGGCGUACCAGAAAGGAGGCAAGCUCGUGACAGUGGAUAGGCAAACUGAGCUGGAGUUGGAGACUUUGUUGAAGGCAUCAGCUUAUAUUUUGGGGACAAGUGGAUCGAGCAUUGUCUACAAGGCUGCGCUAGAGAACGGGACUGCAUUUGCGGUAAGAAGGAUUGGAGAGAGUUCAGUCGAGAGGUUAAAGGAUUUUGAAAGCCAAAUUAGGAUUAUAGCCAAGUUAAGGCACCCAAAUUUGGUUAAGAUUUGUGGGUUUUACUGGGGAGAUGAUGAAAAGCUUGUUAUCUACGACUACGUCUCCAAUGGCAGCCUCGCUUGCUCCAGUUACAGAAGAUCAGGCGCAUCAUCACCUUGCCAUUUACCUCUUGAAGCCCGUCUCAAAAUAGCAAGAGGAGUGGCUCGGGGACUGGCCUACAUUCAUGACAAGAAACAAGUGCAUGGCAACAUCAAACCAAGCAACAUCCUGUUAAACUCCAAUAUGGAGCCCUUAAUAAGUGACCUGGGACUAGACCGCCUUAUCUCGGGCAACUCCAGCUACAAACAUAACAAUUCAUCAGCAAGACUUUUAAGCAGCCAACGGUCCACAGUUUCUCGUAAUGGCCCACCUGAUCCCCCAACCAGUCCAAGCCCCCAUGCGCCUGCCACAGCUGCCAGCUCUUCCACAGGAACAUCAACGCCAUAUCAAGCACCAGAGUCAUUAAAGAACCUCAAACCAAACCCCAAAUGGGAUGUCUACUCAUUUGGCAUAAUUUUGCUUGAGCUUCUCAGUGGGAAAGUGUUGUCAACCCGGGAGUUGGCGCAUUGGGCGGUGCCAUCAGGUUCAGUUUGGGAAGAAAAGAACCGGGCAGUUCGGUUGGCUGACAUGGCGGUAAGGGGUGACAUAGAAGGCAGGGAAGAAGCCAUGCUGACAUGUUUUAGAUUAGGGUUUAGUUGUGCAUCAUUUGUGCCACAAAAGAGACCGUCCAUGAAAGAUGCUGUUCAAAUCCUAGAAAAAAUCCCUUCAGCCUCUUCAUGCUAGUGAAAUCAUGCAUUUGGGUCCUUCAUUGUUCUUGUUGGCGAUUUUUUCCCUCUUUAUUAAAUCCUUUGUUGAAUUGAAUGCUUUGCGUACAGAGCCAGCCGGACAGAUUGUCGACGGCCGACAAAAAAUGUUCCCUGUUUGACCCAUUAAUCAAAUGCA